CCUCUACUGUUAUGCCCAGAAGCACGUAAAAUCGAUUAAAGCCGUUACCCGGCCAGGUGAGGUGGCCGAAAAGCAACGUUACAAAAGUAUACGACGAACCAAACCACCAGAAAAGAAAAAAUUCAAAGUCCGCAAUCUAAAUCAUAGCUCACCCUAUCAUGUAUCGGAUCACAAGGCAGCCGUUACAGUGGGCGUGAUAAUGGGUGUGUUCCUUAUAUGUUGGGUGCCGUUCUUUUGUGUGAACAUUGUGGCCGCCUUUUGUAAAACCUGUAUAGGUGGUCAAACCUUUAAAAUACUCUCAUGGCUGGGUUACUCCAAUUCGGCCUUUAAUCCCAUCAUCUAUUCCAUAUUCAACAAAGAGUUCCGUGAUGCAUUCAAGCGAAUUUUGACAACACGAAAUCCGUGGUGUUGCAAUCAGGACAUCGGCAAUAUACAUCCACGUAACAGUGAUCGUUUUGUUACGGAUUAUGCGGCAAAACAUGUUGUCGCCAUGCAUUCGGGCCGUUCGUCGGCGGAAUUGGAACAGGUAUCUGCAAUAUGACCAAAACGCAAUAGCAGCAAUACCAGUCACGAGUAUGGCACAACAUU